AUGUCGGACUUCGACUUCUUCGCUGAUGGAAAUGCGCCGGGCGCUUACCAUUUCUUUGAUGAGAAUCUCAUGGACGAAGUUAUGUCUAUGACGGCCCUUCCAGCGGCCCAGAUGUCGCCAUUUCAGGCUGAUCUCGAUGUAAUCGACGAUCUUACGGUCUCUUUUGCGGAUAAGAAGUGGAUGUUUGAUGUCCUCCUCAACGACAUCAUUCCUUACCGCUAUAACGAUCACUUCCGGCUUUUCCCCGAAAUCGGGUUUUACCGAACCCUCUUGUAUAACCGGCCUAAUCGUGACGACAUCUGGGGUCUCGUUGAACGAUUUCACGAAUGGAUAUCAAGUAUUGCCGCAUUCUCUCCUACCCAGACAGACGAAGUCAUUGAGGCUUUGAAGCUCCGCGCACUCUUUCACGGCUGGCCGGAAACAUUGAGCGUACCACCUGAUUCCGUGAAUCAGUCGGUCAAUGAACUUUCAGUACCAUGGGAGCAGCAUCUGGCAACCUAUUCGCUCUCUACAGCCUCAACACCAAACUCUGUGCCGGUUAAUGGGACAAGAGCUGAAUCACAGUCGUCAUCAUUUACAGAUCAUCAACAUCCCCUUUUGAAAGGAGGGUUGGUUGUUGCCCCAGCCUUUCAAUACAAAGGCAUAAUUCAAAACAUGGAGCAGUCCAAAGAAAUGGACGAUGCCUAUGAAUGCCAUGUGAAGCGUGCGACUGGGGCAGCUCCAGAAGACGACGCUUCAUGGCCUGCUACUGCAGUACAGCAGCAAGCAUAUGUGCAAAAGCUAUUUGAGAGUAUUACUGAUCUGAGUGAUUUCUUUGAGCUAAGAAAAGCUCGCGAGCGUCUUGGAAAGAUUGCUGGUACUCAACCAGAGCUUCCAGUACCCCAAGCAGCAGAAAACCCCAGGAAGCGCCGCAGAGGCCAUGAUGGCCAAGCUGCUGGUCUAGAUCGUCCAGAGAGACCCAAGGGUAUGAGCAAGACCGAUUGGGCUCUUGUGGAUGAUCAUAAUACUCCAGUGGAUCUUUUAGAGGCGGUAAUUCAUCAUCGAAUCUCUGGUGUUGAAGUUGAGCUUAUAUGCUGGAGGCUUCUGCGCUACGCUAUGAAGCAGCAACAAGGUUUCACGAUGCGACCUCUUUGGUCUGGGUCGAGAACAGUGUCAAUGUGGGAACAUUUUGACACCUUUUCAGAGAGGUGGCUAGCGAUUUGUGAAAAUCUUCAGGACUGCAAGAUGAUCAUACAUUCCCUUACUCGUGCUGACUGGUUCUGCAAGUAUGCUGGUGCGCCUUCAAAGGAACGAGGCGCAAAAUUGAGCAACGAUUUACUGAAUGGUCGCCGGGAUAUUCAGAAUCAGGUCGGGCGAGACGUGAUAAAGGAAAAGACUUCAAGACAGGACUGGACAACGUCGGACAAUUUCGAGAUUCGCGAUAAAGCAGGCCAGCUUGUCUUGAAGGGUGGACACCUUGGCGACAAAGAACGCAGGCAGCUUGCCGUUAGAAGUAGGGAUGGGGGCAUAUCUUGA